CUUUUCUCCCUUCCCCCAAAGACCAUUAUCCUUAUCAUUGCAUGAAAUUUACAACUUGUGAUAUAAAAAAAACCGUAACCUGCUACUGUCGUGUCUCCUCUACCAGUACACCACAGAUGCAGCUCGCCGAGUGUGAGCGCGAGGCGGGGGGAAAUGGCGAACGGGCGCGGGCGGCGGUGCGCCUUGUGAGGACACAGUAGACACCGGGAGCGGAGACAGGUUGCAGCGCGAGGACAGACGGGAGAAGGAGGAGAACCAUGGAGGACUCCGAGCCCGCAGAGGACGGCUUGCUCGCGGGCUUGCGGUGGAACCGGAGCGCACGGGACCAGGCUCAGCUCAAACACAAAAUCCGGGAUCUGCCGGGACUACUCAAGCACGGUCUGCACCUGCGGAAGAAGAGCCAAUCACCUGACACUAUUCCUGGACCAAGCACUGGACCUAUAGUACACAGGUCUUGCUCCCAGAGUUUCCCAUGUGCUGGUCGGGCUGUGAGGAAUGCCUUCCUCUCUCAUGGACCAUACCCAGCUAAAGACAAGAUACACCUGGCCAGAAUCAUACGGCGUAGCUAUGUGGGUGUGGAGCUGGUGCAGUGGCUGUGCGAACAGUGCGUGUAUGUGCGCUGUCGGACUACUGCUGUGCGUGUCUGGCAGGUGCUGCUGGAGCUGGGAGUCCUGCUGUCUGUGGACCAGCGGGUGGUGUUUUCGGACUCAAACUCUUACUACCAGUUCAGCUUUGAGGAGUGCGACUCUGCCUCCUGUGAGUUUCGCUCCAAUGAGGGGGAGUGGCCAGAGGCUGUUAGGCUCCUCCUACAACUCGCCCCAUAUGUCCAGUUUCGCUCUGGAGGUGGGGCCAAUAGCCCGUCAGAGGAGGACUCUGAAGGCAACAGGGACGUCUGCAGUGAGAUUCUCCAGAUGAAAGCUCUUGAGAGGCUCACAUCUACGGUACAAAGUGAGUUGGCAGCUGCUCUCGCCCGAAAGACUCGCAAAGCUUUAUCAGAGCAGGACUCUGAGACGACGGAGACAAGCCAACAGGAGCCUCGUACACCCAGUGAGGAGAGCAGCCCGCUGGGCGGGGUAUGUGCGUUGCGGGACGGCGGCGGCGGCGGCGGCGGUGGUGGCAGUGGCGGCGGCGGAGGAGGGAUGGGGACUGUAUGCGGCCGUGAGGAGCUGACAAGCCGGCUGGGGCUGGAGGCCGUUCAGCGGCUGGCUAAGGACGGCUGUCGGCUGCUGCAAAACCACAAUUACCGGCUGCCCGACAGAAACCAGGCUGAGGCAGUGGGGAGAGUUUGUCUGAAGGAGAGAGGACGGGACGUGUUGGUGUUGCAGAGAGUGACAUCGUCAGUGACGUCGCCAUCGGACCGGCCCUCACCGACAUCUUCAGGGGGCGGGUCUAGGGAAGAGGAAUGCGACAAGAGAUAUGUGGUGGUGUCGGGAACGCCGCUCAAGAUCUUGGAGCACCUACUAAGUGACCUGCGGUUGGAUGACCAGAGAGGGGCACCAGAGAGCAGGGAGAGCGAAAUGUUGCUGGAUGACUUUCUGUUGACCUACCUGGUGUUCAUGUCCACCCAUGACCUCUGCCAGGCUCUUUUGGGACACUAUAGCAGCGCCCGCUGCAGGGGCCAGGAGGAGGGCAAGGACGCUCUCUUCAGAAAACGUAAGGUACUGCAGCUGGUAUCACACUGGACCAGGCUUUACAAGGACUUCCUCAAGGAAGAGGAGCACGUCAGGAGCUUCAUGAAGACCCUGUACAGGUGUGUUUUAGAAGAUCUGUAUGAGUUCCCCGUUCUGGAAAAAGAUCUGAAGGAGUUCCAGAAACUUCUGCGUCGCAGACACACCGUGGAUGACUGUCCUCCAAACCAAAAGAGUAAACAAAUGUAUCAGCAGUUGAGUUUGAAGGAAAACUGUUUGCAACUCCGAAGUACACAGAUCGAGACUAGAGAGGUAAUUUGUUGUGUGUACGUGAGCGCUGACUCCUACCUGAGUGUCCACACACACCCGUCACUGGAGGCCCAUGAGCUGCUAAGGAUUGUGGGUCUGAAGAUGGACAGAACAGAAGAAGACAUGGUGCUUGCUGUGGUUUCCCACACUGGAGUCGUCUCUGCAGAGCGGAGGGUGUUACAGCCCAGUGACUGUGUGUAUUCAGAGUCUCUGACCCCACAGGGAAAGCUUGUGGCCUGUCGCAGGGAUCUCACUGAGAUCUUGCCUCCUUUAACAGACAGUGCUGAGCUAAGCAGGAGGCCGGUGCGACUCCUGGGGAUCAACACAUGGGACGUGGCAGCUGCUCUCACACAUCUGGACUGGAGCCUCUUCAAAUCCAUCCACGAGCAGGAGCUGGUGUACUACACCCUCAGCCGCACUCCCGGUACUGGCCACACGGCGGCGCUCUCAGUCCUGCUCCAGCGCUGCAAUGAGGUCCAGCAGUGGGUCAUGUCCGAGGUGCUCAUGUGCGUGUCUCUCAACAAGAGAGUGCAGCUGCUCAAGAAGUUCAUCAAGAUCGCUGCUCAUUGUAAAGCGCAAAGAAAUUUGAACUCUGCAUUUGCCAUCAUCAUGGGUCUCAACACAGCAGCUGUCAGCCGACUCAACCAAACCUGGGAGAAAUGUCCGGGGAAGUUCAAGAAGCUUUUCUCAGAGUUGGAGCUCAUCACGGAUCCAUCUCUGAACCACAAAGCCUACAGAGAAGCUUUCAAGAGGAUGAAGCCUCCCAAGAUACCUUUCAUGCCUCUUCUCCUGAAAGAUAUCACAUUUAUCCAUGAGGGAAAUAAGACCUUCCAUGAUAACCUGGUCAACUUUGAGAAGCUGCAUAUGAUCGCAGACACAGUGAGAAUGAUUCGCCACUGCCAAAGCGACCAACCAGGCAACGAGGUAAUCGGGGUCGACAGUGCGGAGGUGAGGGCGAGUGUUAACUACCUGCACAUUAUUGACAAUCAGCAGACCCUUUUCGAACUUUCACACAAACUGGAGCCACGCGCUUAAACACACACACCACACACACACACACACACACACACACACACAUACACACACCUGCACACUCCUAGACACACACACACAAACACGCUGGACACGGCGCAAUGGAAAUGCUCGCACUGGGUGACAUGGAGGACGCUUUGUACAGCCAAAUGUCACACACUCACACAUACACUGCAACAAAAUCCCACUACCAGCAGUGGUUACCAAGUGGACUAUAAAGGUGCCAUGUGUUUUGACCCAACCCAUGAAGACACAGGGUUGCACUCUGGCUGCUCUCUAAAGACUUUAUAACACGGAACAUGUGUUUAUAAAAGAUUUAUAAACACCGUACACACUCUGUGAACUGUCUACAGGAAGAGAUUCUGUGCAGCACCACAGAGAUUUGCCAAACUGAGACAGCGAGUAAAGGAGGCUGUAAUUAGUUUGUACAGUAUCUAUUGAACUAAAUAUACCCUUGGUUUUGUUCUUGUGAUGAGUUUUUGGUUAUUUAUGAGCCUGUUCAGCAGGCGGAAUGUUCCUUUAUUUCUGUCAAAGUCUUGUCGGUCCCACCCUGGAGGUCAGCAAGGACUUGAUAGCCCUGUCAUCAUUUCAGUUACAAACACAAAAACAUCUGUAGAGGAAUUAGAUUUGUUUGUAACCUGAUGGCCAAAAAUCUGCCCUACGAUUGUCUCAUAUUAUUUUAUCUGCAUAUCACAUAUCUGCCUCGUGACGCAUGUACAUGCAGGAUACAUGUUACAGUUCUGUAGGUGUAUGAUGUGGAGCCAUUUUUUGGCUAUUGUGCUGUAGCAUAUUAUAAAACACAAGCAGCAGCCAGUGCAGAAGCAGCGCAACACUUCGUCAUACCUACACUUUUUACCUCUUCUCACCGAGGCUCUGUCUUUUAACUAAAAAAGCACAGCCUCAGUGAGUGGCAAAAGGUGCACCAUUAACAGUGUAUUGUACCUGGUAUGUGAAGGAAGCAUUUGCAAGAGGUUUUCACUGACUGACUGUGAGGUUUGAAACCCUACAGGUCUCCUGAACGUGCCAGAGUUCAAAAAAUGUUGAUGAACAGUGAACAGUUAUUGGUUCUCCCUUCCAUUUUAAAGUCCUGGUUGACUUUUAGCCAAACACUCCUCGUGCACUCUUCUCUAUGAUGUGUUUGUGUGAAUAGAUAACGCUUAUUUUACAUUGUAUAUAAUAUGGACCUAUACAUUUUUCAGUGCCAAAUGCAUUUUUGAUUUCCUUGAAUGAGCCCUGGAAUUACGCCUUGUCCUUGAUCAUGUACAGCAUAUCUGACUCCUCGCAGAGAUGCUUUCUGACAUUACGAUGACUGAUUUUAGGGUGUGCGUAUGUGUGUGUGUGUGUGUGUGUAUAUGAUGUCCCACUCAUCCUGGGUUGCUAUGGAAACACAGCCCCAUCACAGCCCCCCCCCUUUUUUUUUUUUGGAUCUUGAGUUAUAUAGUUAACUUAUAAGUCAAUAAGUCAAAGCACUGCACCACAGAACUUUAAGAAAAUAGCUUUAUUCCACAAAAUCAUGUUUGUGAGGAGAUUUUGACAUUGAUGAUUCAACCUUACUGACUGAAAAGAUCACUGCAUUCAGAGGUGGUGUUGUGUAAACUGCCUUUGAAAACCAACACAGGGUGUGGACAGAAUAAUGGGAGCACUGUAAGGAUUUUUAAAGCUUUGUUUCAUCCAUUAGGUAUUUAUCACUUUAACUGUGGUCCUCAUAAUUUUCACUCUCCAACUGCAUGUUGGCAAGGAAAAUGAUCCUUUCUGAAUCCAAUCAGUUCUCAUAUUCAGGCAACGUAUUCCUGUUGACACAGCCGUGACAUGUGAAAAGCAUCUAUUGGUUAUCCAAAUCCCUGAGUAACCAGCCCGUCUUGUUCAGAAAAUUAUGACUCUGGCUCGCUCUGUUGAAAUGCAGCAUGGGUUGCAGGGAAUCAUUCAGAAAUGACAUAUGAUCGAUGAUGAUACAUAAAUAUUAGGACAAGAAACACAUCUUUCAGAACCAUGAGCAAUCUAUAUGUUUAGCAGACCUUAUUAGUGUUUGUAUUAUUUUGCCCUUGCCCUGUAUCUGUUCAUGCAGUCACUUCAGUUUUACAUUUCUGCUGAGUGGGCGGAACCAUCCAAGGGUGAGAUUCCUAAAUGUUAUGUAGCGAUUCAUGUCAAUGUGCAUUGUUCAGAUAGUUAUAAAGCAUGGGGGUGAAAGUGCAAAACAGUAAAAUGUUGUUGCCACAAGUGUUCAUCGUCAUUUCAACGCUAUGCCUUUCAGAGCACAGAGCUGCUUUCUCUUGCAGACCAUAAGGAUUCAAUUACAUAAGGGAGAACCUGAAUUUCCCAAACUGUCUUUGUGCUUAAAGCAUCCUUGAUUCAUUAGAAAAAGAAAUUAAUGUGAUCUCAAGGAGAAGACUGAUUUAAAAAUAAUUUUUGUGUUAUGAGUAGCUUAGUCAUUGUCUGCUUUAAAAACUCAAAGACGCUGCUGCUGUCACCAACACUUGUACAGAUGAUGUGAUACUGACUGGAGCCAGUUAGAGUCACCCAAAUUGAUGAAUUCAAACUGAAAGAUUAUUUGAGUCGUGUAAGUAUUUGAUAUUAUGGUGGAUGUAAAAUCUAAACCAAUACUAAAGAAGUCUGUUUAUUGUCCAGAAGGUUUUGCUUGAAAUUACACGAGUCCUGAAAUUAUUUCUCUCCAGUUAUUGAUGGCCACAAAAAUUACAUAAACAAUUUAAGAAGAUAAGAAUAAAAAGCUCAAUUCCUAUUCGGUUAACAGUAGUGGAUAGGAACAUGUACUAAUUCGCCUUGUUCUAUCGCCCAUUCUCUUGAGAUUUGUUUAAAAUUUCCAAUAAAUUUGGAUAAACACAGUUUCUACAAAGUGUUAUGUGACAAUGUUAAAUGCUAAACCACAGUUUUGCUGUCAAACAUUUUGCUAAAGACUAAUUUAACAUUUAGCUAAAAAGCUGAGUUACUGUAACAGCACAAGUGGAGAAAAGUGAUGAGGUCAGAAAACUGACUGCACAUUAUAGAGCUAUAGUUACCUAAAGUUUGCUAACGUUAGCUAAUAUUAGCCACCAUAAGCUACUGGUCAUACCAGAGCAAGUAAGGCUGUAGCAGCAAAACACAGCAGCAAUCCACUACCUGAAUGUUACUGGAUUGAGCAACAACAUGUUUUAUUGCUUGUAAGUUCAGCUUUUUAUGUGUAAGAGGAACACUGUUAUUGCCAGAGUUACAUGGUCACAUUUGCAGAUGCUUUUUGUGAAACCAGGUCAGUGAUUCUUUGACUGCGAGAGCUGAUAAAUCAGAUCCGUGGACUGUUCAUAUUCAAUGUCAUAGAAAGGCCUUGUAGUCAUUUUUACAAUUAACCUGUACAUGACACACACACAUGCACAGACACACCUCUGCUCACUGUGUCCAAAGGGCAGAAUACUUGUGCUAUAUCAGUUAUUUAUUGUAAUAUAUUGUUUAUUUAUGUAUUUCAGAGGUGAAAAAACGUCUGAUUUUAUGUGCCAUGUUCAGAGGUGCAACAAUGGGGAAGUGCACACUUGAGAAGAAAAAGAUGUUUGUGGUUUGAAGCUGCAAUGCUGGAGUGUAAAAGUACCUGUUGUAAUGUUUUUGUGGCCACAUGAGGGCGGCAGAAGAGCAUGUCAGUGUGAUGAUGCUCAAUCUCUUUCCUCUGGUGUCAAAUGCUUAAAUGGAGGGAAACCCAGCAGUAGGCUGUAUUUAGUGUUUUAUCAGCCACUGUCAUGACUGUGUAAAGUUGUAUUUUUUUUUUUUUUUAAAGCAAUGUUGUUUAAAUUCUGUUUGCAUGUUAAAACAAAAACACAAAGUUCACAAUGCAAGGGAGGACAGAUUAAAGGCUUUGUACUAUUGUAAUAUUGUUGAUGUGUAAAUAUAUGCCUAUGUUGGUAUGUUGUUACGUUAUUAUUAUUUAUUUGUUGUAAAUGGAAAAAAGUCAACCACAAAGCAAUACGUCUCCUCUCGUCUCCCCUCAACCUUCGGACAGCUGAGGCCACAUGUCUUUUCUAAAGCUGCGUUUUACUAUGUCAAAAAUUUUACUGA